AUGAAAGAUGUGCAAGGAAAUGAAGUGAAGAGGACUGCUAGGAAAUUAGGAGUUGUAUGUGAGUGCAAGUCACUCGCGAGGUUUUGUAAUAAAAUAGAUGAAGAAGUAAGGAGGGAAAUAUUUGACACAAUUUGGAAAUUGAACUGGGACAACAAAAAAUGUUAUGUAAGGUCCGUUAUGAAAACCUGGACAAUAGUUCGAUUUUUGAAAGAUGGCUCAGUAGAGGCUGUACCAACAAAUUGGCUGAGCGGCAAUACCUGUUCUUGGCCACAUUAUGAGGCCAAUAAAUUAGGAAAGGCCCUAAAAAAUGGUGACCCACCUCUAGCUACGUGGGAAAAACUUGACAUAAGUUCAUUUAGGAAUGCGACCUAUGAUGAUUACAGUAUUACAAGGAGGAAGUGCCAGAAGGCGGAGGAAACAUCUGAUCCCAACUCAUCAGAUAACAGGCCUCGCAGAUGCCGUCCUCCAACAAAGUUUGCCACCACUAGCAGCAGCAGUGAUUCAGAGAAUGCCAUGGGGCACAAAAAUAAAACCAUCCAAAGCAAUCUUCCAAAAAUGCCAGAAUUUGCAUUAAAUAAAGAAUCAGGAAUUAUUCCCCAUUUAUAUUCGCUCUGUUUUUUAGGUGAUUCAGAUUCUUUGCAGGAAGAGGUAUAUGCGAAAGAAACCAUGGAAGAUGUAGAAUCAGAAUAUCUAAAACACAUCCUUAGAAAAUUAAGUAUGUUCGAGUUAAUUGUUACUGACUUACGGGCUGAAGUCAGUAAUCUUUUCAAGAUAUCUGCAUCAACACCACCCCGAGAACUCCGAGAACAGCCCACUAUAAUAAAUAUAUGGGAAAAUUUCUCCCUGCCUUUGAACUCCGAAGAAGAGUUUGCGAAGUUUGAGGAUUUUUUGAAAUCAUCAGAAAAAAAAUUUGAAUCGGAUGACUCAGAUCGUGGCAGUUCAAAUGGUAUUGGCGAGAUUUCAGACCAUUCUUCAAAUCCAAAUCCAAAAAAAUGGAAACGUUUGCAAGCAAAGAAAAAAAGGAAUAGUAGUCCAGAGUACGUAGGACAAAAAGGGAAGCUCACGCAGCUAAACAAGUGCAACCUUAUCCCCAUUGCGGUAGGUAUAAAUGCAGAGUUCUCCGAAAAUGAAAUAAACUAUACAUUUUAA